GCCGCCUCCUCCGCGCCACUUCCUCCUUUUAUCCUCCCCUCUCUCCACACGGGAAGUCAAGCACAGCCGUUGCCGUCGCCACCCCCAAAUUCGGUGCCUACCGGUCAUCCCCCUCCGAUUGCCUACAUCCAUAGCUGUGUCGCCGUCUACUGCACAUCAGCCUGUCGAUCCCGGCCCGCCUCCUCCAAGCCGUCGUGGCCACCGUCGCUGUUGCCGUCCUGCUGCUGCUCUCCUAGUCUCCUGCGUGCUGCUAGCUCCCUUGUCUCCUGCGUGCUGCGUGCUGCUAGCUCCCUUGUGUGCUGCUACCUUUCCCAGCUCCAUCUUCUACGCCCUCACUGCGGAUAUGUGAGCUUUCAACACCCCUUCCACCGGCAAGGUGUUCAAUCUACGCUCUUCCUCCUCUUGUGCGCUCUGUGAUGCUUCUUUGGUUUCACCAUCUCUGAUUUAGGGACUGCGAGGACGACUCCACUGCUCCGCCAGCCGCGCCCACUCCCCUCUGUGCCCCACCGGUGGAGGAAUGCAUGAAACAGAGGUCCCUGAUUGGAUCGAUCCAACCAAUGCUUGUAGAGUAGUGAUUGAUGUAUCUUCCUACUCAACUGUUGAGGAGGAUCGAUCCAUGUACAAAAAGGGCAGACGCUUGGAUUGGUGGGUGGAUGCUGAUGAGUACUCCAUCAUUGACAUGGAGAAAGAUGUUUUGGAGCACUUCAGUUGGGGUAGCUAUCAGGAAGCAAACUUUUGGUAUGUGGGUCAGAACAAAGAAACAUUUCGCCUUGGUUCUGACCAAGAGCUUCUAACUUUGCUGCGAGGUACAAAAAAGGUGGAGUUUAUCAUGACUGUAGAUAGAUGUGUGCAUGUUGACAUGGCUUUGACUGUGACUGAAAUGGAGAAUGAAAGACAAGUGUCAGUUCAAGAAAAUCAUGUGCCAGAUAGAUGUGUGCAUGCUGAUAUGGCUUUGACUGUGACUGCAAUGGAGGAUGAAAGUCAAGUGUCAGUUGAAGAAAAUCAAGUGGCAGAUUUGGAUGGUCUAGAAUGGGCCUUGGAACCUCAACUGGGUGUUACAGCUGCUGGUCCUUCCAGAGUAGUAGAGGAGGGUAACCAUGAUUUGGACCCCGAUGUUGACCAUGAGGGAGAUGAUCCAGUUGGAGCUGAUGAAGAGUGGAGGUAUUUCAAGAAGAAAAUGCAUGUACAGGGAGAAGGAAGUAAUGAGAAAGUGCAGCAAGAAAAGAAGAAAGUGGACAGCAAAAAAUCUGUAACUGAAGACAUUGAUCCUGAGGCUGUGCCAAGUGAUGAGGCCACCAUGUUGCGGGAUGCUCCAUAUGUUCCACACACUACAUAUGACAGAGACAACCCUGAUAUAAAGGAAGGUUCAACAUUUCCUGAUAAAAAGACCUUCAAGCUAAUGAUUCAGCAAUAUGCCAUAAAAAGGGAGUUUCAAACAUUUGUGGAGCAUAGUGAUAAAACAAGAUAUAGGGCACGAUGUGCAGAUUCAGAGUGUGGAUGGAAAGUUCAUGCAAAGAAACUUCGUGGUUGCCCCACUUUCAUGGUUGUGUCAAUAGGUUCUAGCCAUACCUAUGCUAGCACCAGCCAAGUGAGGGGUAAGGAGGCUAGCAAAGCCUGGAUUGCUGACAGAGCAACGGAGUUACUCAAGUCCACUCCAGCCUUGGGAGCAAAGAAAUUGCAACUUGACCUUGAAAGACAAUUCCCGAUCAAAAUGUCAUAUACUAAGGUGUGGGAAGGAAGUAAACUUGCACUAGAAGGCCUACAUGACAGUUGGGAGGAAAGUUUUAGAAGUUUGUGGAGUUUCAAAGCCGAGUUAGAAGCUACAUGUCCUGGAAGCAUAGUAGAGAUUGAUUGCAAGAAGCUCAAAAAUGGUCAGGUCUAUUUCCGUAGGAUGUUUGUGGCCAUCAAAGCAUGUGUGGAUGGAUUUCUUGCUGGUUGCAGGCCAUACCUUGGGGUUGAUUCCACUCACCUCACAGGUAAAUAUAAUGGACAGCUAGCUGCAUCAACAUCUAUUGAUGGACAUAAUUGGAUGUACCCGGUGGCAUAUGGAUUUUUUUACAAGGAGACAAAAGCUGAUUAGACAUGGUUUUUGAAGCAAUUGAAGAGAGCAAUUGGAACUCCACAUGGACUCACAAUACACACAGAUGCUUGCAAAGGCUUAGAGACAGCAGUCCACAAUGUCUUCCAAGGUGAUGUUGAGCAUAGAGAGUGUUUUAGGCACCUGAUGCACAAUUUUAGAAAGCACUUCGACGGAGAUGUGCUAAAGUACAUGUGGCCUUGUGCUUGGGCAUGUACUCCUAGGAGGCAUAGGUGGCUUUGGGAUAAAAUUGCAGAGAACUGUCCAGAAGCAAUUCCUUACUUGGAAGCAGAGCACAAGCAAGUUUGGUCUCGAGCAAAGUUCUCAGGGGAGUGCAAGGUUGACUAUGUGAACAACAACAUAUCGGAGUGCUUUAACAACUGGAUUAAAGAGACGAAAGGGUUACUUGUGGAUGUCCUCGUGGACACAAUUAGGGGUAUGAUCAUGGAAAAGAUAGAUAUGAGGCAGCGUAUAGCUAACAAACUUGAAGGUUCCAUUCUCCCUAGUGUUAAAAAUGAGCUGAACAUGAAGAGUAGAAACUUGAAGUACACAAUUAAGGGGAGUGGUGGUCUGAAGGCUGAGGUCUCUGGAUUGACUAAGGACAACUAUCCUUGGAGGCAUGCUGUGGACCUUGACAGCAGGACAUGUUCAUGUGGUCAGUGGCAUAUUUCUGGGAAACCUUGCACCCAUGCAAUAGCCUUUAUAGGUUCCCUUAGAGGAAUUAAACUUGAACACUUUGUUCAUGAAUAUUACUCAGUUCAACGGUUCAAGGCUACAUAUCACUUUGGGGUCAACCCAAUGGUUGACAAGUCACAGUGGCCUAUUGUUGAUCCCGGGUUUGUAAUGUUGCCUCCAAAGCUUGAAAGGUCUGCAGGUAGGCCAAGAGUGAAGAGGAUCAAAAGUAAGGGUGAGCCAGGAAAAAGGGGUCCUUACCAAUGCAAAAGAUGCUUCUAGUUUGGGCAUAUUGAGAAGGGUUGUACUGAGCCACCUACUGAUCUCAGUGUUGAAAUGCCACCAGCAGCCCCAAAAAAUUCAAGCAAAAGGAAAGAAAAGGGCAGUACAUCUACCUCCAAAAAAGCUCCAAAAAAAUCCAAAAAAGAAUCUGCACCUUCUACUUCCUUAGUUGCAGAACCACCUGUUAGUCCAGGGCCAACAACAAGAAGGAUGGCAGCUUCUACUUGUAGUCCUAUCAGUCCAGGACCUACAACAAGGAGCAGGGCAGCCGCAGACAUAUCCCCAGGAGGAAUUGCAAAAAGGCUUAUCAUAGGCUAAGAAAUGGCUUUGCUACUGUAAUAUUUAGUUAGACUAUGGAUGUAUCUAUUGAACUGUUGUGUGUGUUAGCAGACAUGCCCCCUUUGCUAUGUAUGUGCUGGAUCCCAAACUGUUACUCUAUUCACACUUAUUCUCCCUAUUCUCUACUUUAAGUGUUGGGUGCUUUAUAUG